AUGGCUCACCGGGAGUUAACGGUUGAAACAGGAGUCACAUCAAGAGGAUGGGAAACAUCUACGUUUCCUCUUGUGUGUGAAACAUGCUUAGGAGAUAACCCUUACAUUCGUAUGAUAAGGUUAACGACAGGAAAAGAAUGCCGAAUUUGUACACGACCUUAUACAUCGUUUCGUUGGCAACCAGGGGGUAAAGCGCGUUAUAAAAACACUAUUAUUUGCCAAACAUGUGCAAAAGUAAAAAACGUGUGUCAAGUUUGUUUGUUUGAUUUGGAAUUUGGCUUGCCUGUUGAAGUGCGAGAUAAAUUUUUGGAUGAGUCUCAAAAAUUAGAGUUACCUACCUCUCAGUUAAAUCGUGAUUAUGCUAUGAACAAAUUAGAUACCACUACUACGCCUUAUAAUAAUUCAGAUAUUCAUCCAAUGUUAUUACAAUUAGCACGUCAUCAGCCUUAUUAUAAAAGAAAUGAAUCCCGUGUUUGCACCUUUUGGGUUCGAGGAGAGUGUAAACGAGGAGAGGAAUGCCCCUAUCGUCACGAAGUAGAUACGCAUCAUGAUCCUAAUUUAGCCGACCAAAAUACUAAAAAUCGUUAUAUGGGGAAAGAUGAUCCUGUCGCUCAUAAAAUUCUUUCCCAAAUAAAUCCGAAUCAAACAUCAUAA